UAUAUUCCUCUAAUAAAAUUUGUUUGUUUAUUCAGUGAAUAGCGGAUGUUGUCCCCCUACAGAAACAGUUCCAAUUCUUUCUCUUAACAACCCUUCAAUUUUCCAGUACAAGCAAAUCAUUAACCCAAUCUUAGCCCAAAGCCUAAUGAAUGCUUCAUUUCCCUACAAUAAUAUGUUUUUUCAUCUUGUUCUGCUUUUACUACUUGUAGUUCCACUGCAAGCUGCAACGGCGACAACUGGCUCAAAGGUGGAGUUUCUUCCUGGAUUUGAAGGUCCCCUUCCUUUUCAUCUUGAGACUGGGUAUAUUGGAGUUGGUAAAUCUGACGAAGUCCAGCUGUUCUAUUAUUUUAUUAAAUCGGAAUCAGAUCCUGAAAAUGAUCCUCUUAUACUAUGGCUUACGGGAGGACCUGGUUGUUCAUCGUUUAGUGCGCUUGCCUAUGAAAUAGGGCCAUUGUAUUUUACACAAAAAGAGUAUAACGGGAGCUUACCAGUACUUGGCUCAACUCCAAACUCAUGGACCAAGGGUGCAAGCAUAAUCUUUUUAGAACAACCGGUUCAUACUGGAUUUUCUUAUGCAACAACAGCAGAAGCAAUGAUGGUUACUGAUUUGCAAGCAGUCAACCACACGUACGAAUUUCUACUCAAGUUGAAUUUGAAAUCACUUGAAGAGUUCCUGACACUGCUUGAGAGUGUUGAGGACUAUGCCCAACCUGGUUCCUUUUACAUUGGAAGUACCAUUAGUAAAUAA